UACACUGUCCGAGGCUUUUUCCAGGAAAGAGUAUGGCGCAACAAAUGCAGGCCGGUCGCAAAUAAAUAAAGCCCGAUUUGCAGCCAACACGAAUAGUCAGUUCCCAACAUGUCAUCAUAUCGCCCGGAGUUCUCCGAAGCGGAGCAGUCGCGAAUCGACGCGGAAUUCUCUAGAUUGGCCAGGAACAAGAGUGUUUACUUGGACCAUGCGGGCACCACUCUCUAUGCCGAGAGCCAAGUGACGGCCGCUGCGGAGCAACUGCAGCGCAAUGUCUUCUGCAAUCCACACACCUGCCGCCUCACCGGCGACUUCGUCGACCAGGUGCGAUUCAAAAUAUUGGAAUUCUUUAACACAACCGCCGAAGAUUACCAUGUGAUAUUCACGGCGAAUGCCACCGCUGCUUUGUCCCUGGUGGCGGAAAACUUUGAUUUUGGAUCCUCUGGUGACUUUCAUUUCUGCCAGGAGAACCACACCUCAGUGCUGGGAAUGCGGGAAAGGGUCCGGGCAAACGGUAUAUACAUGCUGAUGGAAAAGGAAAUCUCUGGUGGAGAGCCCAAGGCAAACGGUAAAGUUCACGAGGUAUCCGGAAAAACAGGAAACUCCUUGCUGACCUUUUCGGCCCAAUGCAACUUUAGUGGUUACAAAAUCCCACUGGAAGCCAUUGAGCAAAUCCAAAUCGAUGGCUUGGCCAAGCCGGGAAAACAGCUUUGGGGUUCUGUGGGAGAGAGGAAGGAGAAUACGCACAACGAUUACUAUAUCUGCCUGGAUGCGGCUUCUUUUGUGGGCACCAGUCCGUUGGAUCUGCAAAAGUAUAGACCAGAUUACGUGUGCCUUAGUUUCUACAAGAUCUUCGGUUAUCCCACGGGCGUGGGAGCCCUGCUCGUGAGUCGACGAGGAGCCGAGGUCUUCCAGAAGCGCCGCUUUUUUGGCGGUGGUACCAUCAACUACGCAUAUCCGCAUGCCAUGGAUUACCAGCUGAGAGAGACCUUCCACCAGCGCUACGAGGAUGGCACCCUGCCAUUCCUGUCCAUUGUCGAAUUGCUCGAGGGCUUUCGCACGCUGGAGAGAUUGGUGCCCAGAACGGAAGAGUUUAGCACCAUGGAGAGGAUUUCCAGACACGUCUUUGGGCUGGCCAAGCAUCUGGAGGAUCAGCUGCGCCAGCUGCACCAUCCCAAUGGUGAGCCCCUCGUGAAGCUGUACAAUAAAGUUGGCUACCAAGACAAAUCCCGGCAGGGUGGCACCGUGGCCUUUAACGUGCGCACUGAAUCGGGUUCCUUUGUGGGAUUCGGCGAGAUCGCCUGUGUGGCUGCUCUGCACGGAAUACUCCUGCGGACUGGAUGCUUCUGCAACAUCGGAGCCUGCCAAUAUUACCUAGGCCUCGAUGAAGAUGCUUUGGAUGCGAUUUACAAGCGAGCAGGUCGCAUAUGCGGCGACUACUUUGAUCUGAUCGAUGGACAGCCGACGGGAGCGGUACGGGUAUCUUUUGGAUAUAUGACAACUAUCCAGGAUGUAGACCAGCUGCUCCAGAUGCUGCGCUCCAGUUAUUUGGCAACCAAGCCGCUGCAGCGGAUUCAGUUCCUCGAGGAGCAGGCGGAGCAAUUGCCGCCGUUGCUGAAGGAGCGAGUCCAGCUCUUGAGGCCAAAACUACUGCAAAUGGCCAUAUUUCCGGUAAAGUCUUGUGCCGCCUUCAAGAUCGAAUCACCGGGCUCCUGGCCAUUGACGGAUCAAGGUUUGAAAUAUGACCGUGAGUGGAUGAUCGUGGACAUGAAUGGCAUGGCCUUGACCCAGAAACGCUGCACGGAGUUGUGCCUGAUUAGGCCAGUGAUUAAGGUCGACCAAUUGGAGCUGCAGUUCGGAGACAAUUCCCUCAUCUCGGUGCCCCUUUCUCUGGAGGACCAGGCGGCCGACUCAGCAAAAUGCGUAAGCAAGGUGUGCCGACAGCCCGUGGAAGGUUUGGAUUGUGGCGAUGGGGUUGCCCAGUGGUUAAGCGAACACCUCGGCAUGGAGGGCCUCCGUUUGCUCCGGCAAUCGGGCCAGAGAAACUCGUCCAAGGAUCAGCAGAAGCUGAGUCUGGUUAAUCAGGCCCAGUUCUUGCUGCUAAACAGGUCUUCCGUGCGAUCGCUUCAGUUUGAAGAGCCCCUCGACGAGACUGUGGAUCGUUUUCGGGCCAAUAUCAUCAUCGACACGGGCAGUGCAUUUGAGGAGCUUACCUACAAGGCCCUGUCCAUUGGUGGAAUCCAAUUCCAGGUGGAGGGUCCCUGCCAGCGCUGCGAUAUGAUCUGCAUUAACCAAAGGACAGGCGAACGGUCGCCGGAGACCUUGACCACCAUAUCCCGCCUGCAAAAGGGUCGCAUGCGAUUCGGCAUCUACAUCACGAGGAUCCCCCCGGACACAAAAGAGCUGGAGCCCAAGGAGCAGCACAUGACAUGCGGCGAUGUUGUCCUUGUGGAAUAAGUUCACCAUACAUAACUUCAGCAUGGUUUUCUUCAGUUUUCACACCAAACACUUGGUUCGUUGACCCGAUAUGUUUCUAUAGUACAUAGUUUUAGCACAAUAUCCACUAAGUAUGUAUUUCUGGGUGUAGAAUUGUAUAACCCUAUUUAUUUGGUAAUUCUCUAUUACGUUGCAUCACGUUUCGCAUUUAGUUUGUUUUAAACUACUUCUGAAAUAGGAAUACGCAAACAUUCUUAAAGAAACAUUCAGGAUAGCUUAAGCUCAAAGUAACCGGAUACCUCUUGCCAGUGUCUUAAGCCUUUAAAAGGCCUUAAUUGCAAAAUAAACACAUUGAAAUCGA